CUGGGUAGCCUCAGGCUUGUUUCCAAAGACGCCUCGUCAGCGCUGCUGCUUGGCAAGUGUGAUGGUCUGUGUGUGUCCCCGGACUGUGGGAAUAGGGCUGGGGACGGUGGCCUGGUGUGCCCUGUGCUGCCCGGUGGCCAGAGGAGGGAGGACGGGCGGCCUGGAUAGCGUGUGUCCAAGCUCAGGGUCUGAGAGGGAAGCCCUGGCUUGUCCGUUCCACGUGCGGGCUUCAUGACGUCCGAGCACGUGUCCUUGUGCACGCGUGUGUGCGUACUCCUGGCCGCGCCUGGGCGUCUGCGUGUGCCCUCGCCACGCACCGGGGCAUCGGUGCAGGGCGCAGGCACCCUGGCCAGCACAUGCGCAGAGCUCCCGAAAGCGGAAGCUGGGGGUGGCACCCGGGACCCCACCUUCAAGCCCACUGUGAGGAGGGCCAGGCUGAGGCCAGGGAGGGUGGGGGGCAGGUCUGCGUCUCUGUCACUCACCGCCUCCGGAGGCCUUUUCCUGUCGGAGGGAGGGCCCGCCAAUGAGGGCUGGGCCUGUCACGUGGGCCUGACAGCUGGGGAGGGGGUGGCCGGCGGCAAUGUGGCCCCGAGGCAGCCAGGAGGGAGAGCUACAGCCUUGAGACCCCCAGCCUGCGUGACCCCGGCCCGCCUGUCUUGGGCCACUGGGCCCAGGUCCCACCAUGUUCUCCAGGAAGAAGCGGGAGCUUAUGAAAACCCCUUCCAUCUCCAAAAAGAACCGGGCGGGAAGCCCCAGCCCACAGCCCUUGGGGGAGCUGCCCAGGAAAGACGGGGCUGAUGUGUCCCUCGGACCCAGCCUGGAGCCACCAGGCGCAGCCUCAAAUGCCAAGGCCACGGGUACACUCAAGCGGCCCACCAGCCUGAGCCGCCAUGCCAGCGCUGCUGGCUUCCCGCUGUCCGGAUCCAGCACCUGGACGCUAGGCCGGGGCCACCGCAGCCCCCUGACCACCACCAGCCCUGCCGAGCUGCCCCCCGAGGGGCCGUGCCCCGACACCGUGGAGGACAUCUCCCACCUGCUGGCCGACGUGGGCCGCUUCGCCGAAGGCUUGGAGAAGCUCAAAGAGUGCGUUCUGCAUGAGGACCUGCUGGAGGCCCGCCGGCCCCUGGCCCACGAGUGCCUGGGGGAGGCCCUUCGUGUGAUGCGACAGAUCAUCUCCAGGUUCCCGCUGCUCAACACCGUGGAGACGCUCACUGCCGCGGGCACCCUCAUUGCCAAGAUCAGAGCCUUCCAUUACGAGUGCAACAAUGAGUCUGACAAGCGGGAGUUUGAGAAGGCCCUGGAGACCAUCGCUGUCUCCUUCAGUAGCACCGUGUCCGAGUUCCUCAUGGGGGAAGUGGACAGCAGCACCCUCCUGUCGGUGCCCCCUGGGGACCCCAGCCAGACCAUGGAGAGCCUGUACUCGCAGGGGAGCGAGGGUUCCACCCCCAGCACCGACGACUGUGACGGCUGCCUGCCCCCCGAGGAGGUGGACAUGUUGCUGCAGCGCUGCGAAGGCGGUGUGGAUGCCGCGCUGCUGUAUGCCAAGAACAUGGCCAAGUACAUGAAGGACCUCAUCGGCUACCUGGAGAAGCGGACGAUGCUGGAGAUGGACUUCGCCAAAGGCCUGCAGAAGAUCGUGCAUAGCUGCAGACAGAGCGUCAUGCAGGAGCCGCACAUGCCCCUGCUGUCCAUCUACUCCCUGGCCCUAGAGCAGGAGCUGGAGUUCGGCCACAACAUGGUGCAGGCGGUGGGCACGCUGCAGAACCAGACCUUCAUCCAGCCCCUGAGCCUGAGGCGGCUUGAGCAUGAGAAGCGCAGGAAGGAGAUUAAGGAGUCGUGGCACCGUGCCCAGAGGAAGCUGCAAGAGGCCGAGUCCAACCUUCGCAAGGCCAAGCAGGGCUACGGGCAGCGCUGUGAGGACCACAGCAAGGCCCGCUUCCUGGCUGCCAAGGCCGAGGAGGAGCAGGCAGGCACGGGGCCCGGGGCCGCGGCCUCCAAGACCCUGGACAAGCGGAGGCGUCUGGAGGAGGAGGCCAAGAACAAGGCGGAGGAGGCCAUGGCCACUUACCGCACGUGUGUGGCCGAUGCCAAGACGCAGAAGCAGGAGCUGGAGGACGCCAAGGUGACGGUGCUGCGGCAGAUCCAGGAGGUCAUUCGGCAGAGCGACCAGACCAUCAAGUCGGCCACCAUCUCCUACUACCAGAUGAUGCACAUGCAGACGGCCCCGCUGCCCGUGCACUUCCAGAUGCUGUGCGAGAGCAGCAAGCUGUACGACCCCGGCCAGCAGUACGCCUCCCACGUGUGCCAGCUGCAGCGGGGCGAUGAGCCGGACGUGCGCUACGACUUCGAGCCCUACGUCUCCACCAACACCUGGUCUCCGGUCAUGCGCACCCGGAAGGGUAGCCUCAACGUCAGCGACGCCGUGGGGACAGAGGCCGCUGGCGGUCCCGAGGAGGAAAGCGGGCCCACCGAGGGGGCGCUGGCCAAGGACCGCAGGGGUGGGCGUGGCCACCAGGUGCACAAGUCGUGGCCCAGCAGCACCGCGGACUCCGACGGCAGCCUGGACCCCGGCCCUGGCUCAGGGGACUUCAAGAAGCUGCAGCGGAUGUCGUCCGGCGAGGAGCUGGCGGACCAGGACGGCAGCGCAGAGUCAUCAGCCUUCGAGCAGGCCGACCUCAACGGCAUGGCCCCCGAGCUGCCGGUGGCCGUGCCCAGCGGGCCCUUCCGCCACGUGGGGCUGUCCAAGGCGGCGCGAACGCACCGGCUGCGGAAGCUGCGCACGCCAGCCAAGUGCAGGGAGUGCAACAGCUACGUCUACUUCCAGGGCGCUGAGUGCGAGGAGUGCUGCCUGGCCUGCCACAAGAAGUGCCUGGAGACGCUGGCCAUCCAGUGCGGCCACAAGAAGCUCCAAGGCCGCCUGCAGCUCUUCGGCCAGGACUUCGGCCAGGCGGCCCGUGGCACGCCCGACGGCGUGCCCUUCAUCGUCAAGAAGUGCAUCUGUGAGAUCGAGCGGCGGGCGCUGCACACCAAGGGCAUCUACCGUGUCAACGGGGUGAAAACGCGCGUGGAGAAGCUGUGCCAGGACUUCGAGAACGGCAAGGAGCUGGUGGAACUGUCCCAGGCCUCGCCCCACGACGUCAGCAACGUCCUCAAACUCUACCUGCGCCAGCUGCCCGAACCGCUCAUCUCCUUCCGCCUCUACCACGAGCUCGUGGGGCUGGCCAAGGACAGUCUGAAGGCGGAGGCCGAGGCCAAGGCGGCGUCACGGGGCCGGUCCGACGCCGCCGAGAGCGAGGCUGCAGCCGUGGCCAUGGCGGGCCGGCUGCGGGAGCGCCUGCAGGGCCUGCCGCCCGAGAACAGGGCCACGCUGCGGUACCUGCUGAGACACCUGCGCAGGAUCGUGGAGGUGGAGCAGGACAACAAGAUGACCCCGGGGAACCUGGGCAUCGUGUUUGGACCCACGCUGCUGCGGCCAAGGCCCACCGAGGCCACCGUGUCCCUGUCCUCCCUGGUGGACUACCCCCACCAGGCCCGCAUCGUGGAGACCCUCAUCGCCCACUACGACCUGGUCUUCGAGGAGGAGCCCGAGGAGGACGUGGAUGACCGGCGGGCUGAGGAUGGGGUGCAGGCGCCGUGCCCGGAGGCGGGUGCAGGGGCUGCCCUCCCGCUGCGGGAGGAGGCUGCAGACGGGGGUCCAGAAUCCCAAGUGGCCUCCAACGACUCCGACUCCGAGGGGGAGGAGGCCUCGGAGUUGCCGUCCCCGGCGGGCAGGGGCGCGUGCCGCCUCAGCUUCCUGGAGAAGCAGGGCAGCGAGGCCAGCGUGGAGGAGGCCCAGGGCAGCGGCAGCGGCAGCGAGGAGCAGCUGGGGGCCGGGGCCGGAGAGGGCCUGGCAGAGCAGCUUUCCGAGUUCAACACCAAUCAGUGCAACAACGUGGCCGAGGUCGGACUGCCCGUCACGUGGCUCCACGGUGGGCAGCUCGCAGCGGGCACCGGCCACGAGAGGCAGCCCGAGUUUGUGUAGCUGGGGCGCGGGGCACGCCGUGUGUUCCCGGCUCCCAUCCCUGCGGGUGUCCAGUCACCGGGAGGCCACGGGAGGCCUCUUCCUUCAAGCCCAUACCGGUGAGGGCAUUGCCGGCUGCCUCUUCCAGAAGCUUCCGGGGCACUGGGUGAGGCCGAAGCCCGCUCCGUCUGCCUGUGUGCCCUGGCGACCCGACCCAGCCACGCUGGGAGAUCCCGCUGUCCAGUCGUCUGGGGACCGACUGUGUGCUCAGAGAAGCCUCGGACGUCCCUGCCGCGUGGCCCUGCCCCCGGGGCCAGCGGCCCUGUGGGCCUACAAGCUCUGCCUUGACCUCUCACCGCUGGGCCACCACCGAAGGCCACUCUGAAAGCCAGACAGCAGCGGCCAGUGGCAGCACCACGCCCCUGCUUUCCUGGAAAACCGAGUCGGACGCUUGGGGUUUAGGCGCGUGGUGAGCUCCAUGUUGGUCACGAUGUACGUCUUUCACAUGCACAUUUACUCUGCUUAAAAUAAAGUUUAAAAUCCGA